AUGCGUAGUGACGCACGAGGGAGGCAGUUUGUGUGCGCGGCCGCUGCUGAUCAAGCUUGGCUGCCUCGCGCCGGGGCCUUUGGGAGGCGGUCCUCCCUCUCCGGCCUUCCCGGAACUCCCACCUUCCAGGCAUCCCUCGCCUCAGGGACUCCUGCUUCCUAUCCCUCGGGGGCCGCAGGUGCCAUGGUGGGCUCCCCCCUGGACAUGGCCCCAGCCCCGAACACCGAGGGGCCCCGAGAGCCGCCGGCGCCCCCCGCGGGGGCCCCCCCAGCCACGGCGGCCCAGUAUGAGUGCGGCGAGUGCGGGAAGUCCUUCAAGUGGUCUUCGCGGCUGCUCCACCACCAGCGGACCCACACCGGCGAGCGGCCCUACAAGUGCCCCGACUGCCCCAAGGCCUUCAAGGGCUCGUCGGCCCUGCUGUACCACCAGCGCGGGCACACCGGCGAGCGGCCCUACCCGUGCCCCGACUGCGGCAAGGCCUUCAAGCGCUCGUCGCUGCUGCAGAUCCACCGCAGCGUGCACACGGGCCUGCGGGCCUUCACGUGCGCCCAGUGCGGCCUGGCCUUCAAGUGGUCGUCGCACUACCAGUACCACCUGCGGCAGCACACGGGCGAGCGGCCCUACCCGUGCCCCGACUGCCCCAAGGCCUUCAAGAACUCGUCCAGCCUGCGGCGGCACCGGCACGUGCACACGGGCGAGCGGCCCUACCCGUGCGGGGUGUGCGGCAAGAGCUUCACGCAGAGCACCAACCUGCGGCAGCACCAGCGCGUGCACACGGGCGAGCGCCCCUUCCGCUGCCCGGCCUGCCCCAAGACCUUCACGCACUCGUCCAACCUGCUGCUGCACCAGCGCACCCACGGCGCCGCCGCCGCCUCCUCCUCCUCGGCCGGGGCCGGCUCCGGCCACCGCUGCGAGCCCUGCGGGAAGGUCUUCGCCUCCGACGCCUACCUGCAGCGACAUCUGCAGACGCACAACGCCGCUCCCGCCGCUCCUGCACCCGCUGCGGUGCCCGCCGAGGCCCCUCCGCCCCCGCCGCCCCCGCCCGUGGUGCCCGAGCUCUUCCUGGCCGCCGCCGAGACCACGGUGGAGCUGGUGUACCGCUGCGGGGGCUGCGAGCUGGCCUUCGCCAGCGAGAGCCUGCUCCUGGAGCACCAGCCCUGCCCGGGCCCGGGCCUCGAGGAGGCCGCCCAGCCCGCGGCCUUCACUUGCUCGCCCUGCGGCAAAGCCUUCAAGACCGCGGCCGGCCUGAGCCGCCACCAACAGAGCCACGGGCCCGCCGGCGCCCCGGCCUACCGCUGCGGCGGCUGUGACCGGGCCUUCCCCCAGCUGGCCAGCCUCCUGGCCCCCAAGGACAGCUCGACCCCGGCCCCGCCGCCCGCCUUUCCCAGCGGGCCCUACCUGCUGCCGCCCGAGCCGCCCGGUGACAGCGGAGAUAAAGCGGCUGCAGCGGCGGCCGCGGCUGUGGUCUACGGGGCUGUGUCCGUCCCACUGCUGGGGGCCCACCCGCUUCUGCUGGGGGGCGCAGGCCCUGCGGGAGGGGGGGGAGGCGGGGCCAUCGGGCCGGGGGCCCCCACCCCGGGGAAGACCUUCUGCUGCGGCAUAUGCGGGAGGGGCUUCGGGCGCCGGGAGACCCUGAAGCGCCACGAGAGGAUCCACACAGGCGAGAAGCCCCACCAGUGCCCCGUGUGCGGGAAGCGCUUCCGAGAGUCCUUCCACCUGAGCAAGCACCACGUGGUGCACACGCGGGAGCGGCCCUACAAGUGUGAGCUCUGCGGCAAGGUCUUCGGCUACCCUCAGAGCCUCACCCGCCACCGCCAGGUGCACCGGCUCCAGCUGCCUUGCGCCCUGGCGGCCCCUGGCGGGCUCGGCCCGGCCUCUGGGCCCGGGGCUGGCCAAGCCUCCACCCCUGGAGGGGCUGCCCCUCCUGAAGGCCUCAGCUAUGCCUGCUCGGACUGUGGGGAGCACUUCCCCGACCUCUUCCACGUCAUGAGCCACAAGGAAGCGCACAUGGCCGAGAAGCCCUACGGCUGUGACGCCUGUGGCAAGGCCUUUGGCUUCAUCGAGAACCUCAUGUGGCACAAGCUGGUCCACCAGGCGGCCCCCGAGCGCCUCCUGCCACCCCCGGCCCCUGACGGGCCCGGCCCGGAUGCCCCGGCCACCGGCCUAGACAACGGGCUUGCAGGAGAAGUGGGAGCAGCCGUGGCGGCUCUGGCGGCCGGGGAGGAGGCAGGCACAGGGGCCGGGGCGGGCGCAGGCCCCGGCCCCGGGGGCCCCGAGCGCUUCAGCUGCGCCACUUGCGGCCAGAGCUUCAAGCACUUCCUGGGGCUGGUGACCCACAAGUACGUGCACCUGGUGCGCCGGACACUGGGCUGCGGCCUGUGCGGCCAGAGCUUUGCGGGCGCCUACGACCUGCUUUUGCACCGCCGCAGCCACCGCCAGAAGCGUGGCUUCCGCUGCCCCGUGUGUGGCAAGCGCUUCUGGGAGGCGGCUCUGCUGAUGCGGCACCAGCGCUGCCACACCGAGCAGCGGCCCUACCGCUGUGGCGUCUGCGGACGGGGCUUCCUGCGCUCCUGGUACCUGCGGCAGCACCGCGUCGUGCACACCGGGGAGCGUGCCUUCAAGUGUGCCGUGUGCGCCAAGCGCUUCGCCCAGUCCUCCAGCCUGGCCGAGCACCGCCGCCUGCACGCCGUGGCCCGGCCCCAGCGCUGCGGCGCCUGCGGCAAGACCUUCCGCUACCGCUCCAACCUGCUGGAACACCAGCGGCUGCACUUAGGGGAGCGUGCCUACCGCUGCGAGCACUGUGGCAAGGCCUUCUUCUACCUGAGCUCGGUGCUGAGGCACCAGCGGGCCCACGAGCCCGCGCGGCCCGAGCUGCGCUGCCCGGCCUGCCUCAAGGUCUUCAAGGACCCCGGCUACUUCCGCAAGCACCUGGCUGCCCACCAGGGUGGCCGGCCUUUUCGCUGCUCAGCCUGCGGAGAGGGCUUCUCCAAUACGUACGGCCUUAAGAAGCACCGAUUGGUCCACAAGGCCGAGAGGCUGGGGGCCGCCACCGCCGGGGCCAAGGAAUCCUGAGUGUUAGGACGGACUGCUUCCUCCUGCUCCUGAGCGUCACCAACAGGCUGGGGGGUGGGAAGGGGGGGUCUCCACUUGCCAAUCCCCCACCUUUCUCCCUAAGCCUGGUAGGGGGUCUUCACUCCAAGGGAUCUGGCCACUCCUUUCAAGAGGGAUGGACUGAAUUUUUCACCUCUCUCUCCCCUGCCCCCUCCCCCCACAUCCUGGGAACUCUAGGACCCCCUCUAACACCAGACUCCUUUUCCAUCUGCCCCUUUGUAAUCCUAUUCCCCCAUGCCCGACCCUGUAGGAAUUGAGGCUCAUUACCACCCACCCUAAUCACCACCACCAUCUCGGAAUCUGGCUGGAAUAGGGGAGGGGGAGGUGGGGUUGGGGGGGCUGAUGGCCGUUUGGAUGUGUGGGGAGGGUGUGGGGUGGGGGGGAGACGCAGUUUGUACAGACAAAGUCGGGAAUAAAUAUUAUC